AGCACCGCGCCGCGCACUCGCAACGAGCCGACCGCCGCGCGCUGCAAGGCCGGGAGGGGAUCGAUGGGGAGCAGCGGGGGCAGCAGCGACUACUUCCUGCGCCAGCUGAGCUCCAGCGACGGCGGCAGCGCGCCGGCGCCGGCGCCGCGCCAGCCGGAGGAGUGGGAGUGCGGAGGCGGCGGCACUGGCACCGGCAGGCGGGGGUCGAGGAGGUGGUCGAGGAAGAAGGCGCGGGCGAGAGGCCACCGGCGCGGCGGCGGGUUCUGCGGGGCGCCGGAGGAUGCCGCGGCGGCGGGGAGGAAGCGGGUGAUGGUGGUGGUGGACCAGAGCUCCGGGGCCAAGCACGCCAUGAUGUGGGCGCUCACCCACGUCGCCAACCGUGGCGACUUCCUCACGCUGCUCCACGUCCUGCCGCGCGGCAGCGCCGCCCGCGGGGACGACGCCUCCGGGCUCGCCAACUCCCUCGGCUCCCUCUGCAAGGCCUGCAAGCCCGAGGUGGAGGUGGAGGCGCUUGUGAUCCAAGGGCCCAUGCUGGCCACCGUGCUGAGCCAGGUGAAGAAGCUGGAGGCGUCCGUGCUGGUGCUCAGCCAAAGCAAGCCGUCCCCUUUCUGCUGCUUCCUGCGGAGCCGCGGCGAGGUGGUGGUGGAGGAGUGCAUCAGCAGGGCGGAGUGCCUGACGCUGGCGGUGCGGCGGCAGAGCAAGGGCGUCGGCGGCUACCUCGUCAGCACCCGGUGGCAGAAGAACUUCUGGCUCCUGGCUUGACCUUCGCAUUCGCACCAAGAGGGAAGCCUCCCGGGAUGAUUUCAUUUUACUGCCGAUUUGAGGCUAAUAAGUGAUGAUCUACUCCUCCUUGUAUGUUUGUUUGUUUGUUUGUUUCUGUGCGUGUUUCUCUCUUCUCUCUCCCCCUCGCUCUGUGUGCAUGCUUGUGUGCGUGUGUGUGUGUGUCCUUGGUUGAUCAAUUAGCAAUAACCCUCACUUCGCUGAUGUAAAGCCAAAACGCUGACCCCGCUUCAUGUAACAUAUCUGUGCUGCUCC